UGGGCUAAGAGACGGGGCUUGUCAGCCCGACUCUUUCCCGUCCCGUCGCUCCUGUCCGCUCAGCUGCCGCCGUCGCCAUGGGCUCUCUGCUCAGCCGCCGCAUCGCCGGCGUGGAGGAUAUCGAUAUCCAGGCCAACUCGGCCUACCGCUACCCGCCCAAGUCCGGGAACUACUUUGCAAGCCAUUUUUUCAUGGGAGGAGAGAAGUUUGACACACCACAUCCAGAGGGGUACCUUUUUGGGGAAAAUAUGGACUUGAAUUUCCUUGGCAACCGACCAGUCCAGUUUCCCUAUGUAACCCCAGCACCUCAUGAGCCAGUGAAGACACUGCGAAGCCUGGUGAAUAUCCGCAAAGACUCCCUUCGCCUGGUCAGGUACAAAGAAGAUGCAGACAGCCCCACAGAAGAGAGUGGGAAGCAGAGAGCCUUGUACAGCCUGGAAUUCACCUUUGAUGCUGAUGCACGGGUCGCAAUCACCAUCUUUUGCCAGGCGACUGAGGAGUUUGUGAGCGGAAUGGCAGUCUACAGCACCAAGAACCCCUCUCUGCAAUCCGAGACAGUUCACUACAAGCGAGGGGUGAGCCAGCAGUUCUCCCUGCCCUCCUUCAAGAUUGACUUCUCUGACUGGAAGGAGGACGAGCUGAACUUUGACCUGGACCGAGGCGUGUUCCCUGUAGUCAUUCAGGCUGUGGUGGAUGAAGGCGAUGUGGUUGUGGAAGUGACGGGUCACGCUCAUAUCCUACUGGCUGCCUUUGAAAAGCAUGUAGAUGGCAGUUUCUCAGUGAAGCCCUUGAAGCAGAAGCAAAUCGUAGAUCGGGUCAGCUACCUGCUUCAGGAGAUCUAUGGUAUCGAGAACAAGAACAACCAGGAAACAAAGCCCUGCGAUGAUGAGAACAGCGACAACAGCAACGAGUGUGUGGUGUGCCUCUCUGACCUGCGGGACACCCUCAUCCUGCCCUGCAGGCACCUCUGCCUCUGCAACUCCUGCGCCGACACCCUGCGCUACCAGGCAAACAACUGCCCCAUCUGCCGCUUACCCUUCCGAGCCCUACUGCAGAUCCGCGCUGUGAGGAAGAAGCCAGGGGCUCUGUCUCCCAUCUCCUUCAGCCCUGUCUUGGCACAGACCCUGGACCAUGAUGAGCACUCAUGCUCAGACAACAUCCCUCCCGGCUAUGAGCCCAUUUCCCUGCUGGAAGCCCUGAACGGCCUGCGCUCCGUCUCACCCUCCAUCCCUUCGGCUCCCCUCUACGAUGAGAUCACCUACACUGGGGUGCUGGAUGGGCUUCCCCCACCCAGUAGGCCCCUUGUGGGGCUUGACCGAGCCAUGGAGAGCAGUCAUCAAAAGAGCAAACGCAGCAAGUCCCCAGACAGCACUCUCCGGUCACCCUCUUCCCCAAUCCACGAAGAAGACGAGGAGAAGCUCUCAGAAGACUCUGAGUUGCAGCCACCACUCAGUGGGACAGAGCUUAUUUUGCGUGAGAACAACUCGCCAGAGAGCCUGGCAGUGGAAGAAGCAGAGGAGGUGGACACACUGCAGCAAGGUGGCCCACCUCCCUCCAGCGAGGGCAUCCUCCAAGAGAGCCCCGGAGCCUGCGAGUCCAGCAACCUGCCGAAAUUGGAGAGUGAGUUGCCGGCCGAUGUGUAUCUGCCAGGAUCUUCGGACUUCACCAGCAUCCUCCAGAGCUGUGGGCCCAGCGAUGCCGGGCAGCCCCUCACCCUCUUCAGCCACCCUCACCUUUGCGUUACCAGUGAGCAGAGCCCAGCCUGAGUCUGACUGCCUGCGAGACUGGGGCCCCCUUGUCCACCCAGGACACUUUGUGCGCUCACCACCUGUUCUCUUCUGCUGUUGGCCCUGUGAUUGGCCUUUGCCUUCCCUCUCUGAAGGACUUGUGUCUUUGUACAAACGUGCAUGGUUCAGCCUCUCUCCUACGGAUCCUUCCCUCACCUGGCAGCGCCUCCCUCUAUUGCAUCUCAGGCAGUUAAGGCAGAAAGACCUUCCUUUCUCACUGCCACUCUGCUGGUACUGCCCACCCCCCUGUAAAUAUCGGCCAGGGCUGUGGCCUUUUAAAAUGCUCUGCCUAGCUACAGCGCUGCCAGUGAGCCUUCCCUCACUCUCCUGCUCUGCCACUUGCUGAAGAGAAAGAGGAGGGUGGGUGCUUCCUUCCUUUCUGCCUGUGCUUUGCCAAGGUGCUCAUUGUGACCGGAGGAGCAUCUCGGUGCGUAGUUGGGGAUUUCCUUCUAAAGCUGCCUCCAUGUGAAAAGGCCAGACUGGGACAUAUCCAAGUGCUGUUCUCUGGGCUGAGCAGGAAUCCCAGCUGGCGGGGGAGAGGGCAGCUGCUCCUGCUGCUUGAGGGGGCAUCGUAUUCUCCUCCACCCUGACCUUAAGUUCAAGCUCCACCUUUGAGCAUUCAGCUGCCUGGACACAGAUGAGCCAACAGUCUCGCUCUGGGCCAAGGAAAGAUGUGCUGCUCUGGCCAGAGGCCUUUGUCCCACAUCUGCCCUCUCCCAUUUGAUCUCCAGCUACUUCUGCUACUGCCACCACCAUUACCCUGUGCCUGUGUGAGGUCACCUAUUCAGUUGUGGGGAGGGGCGGAGGGCAGGCUCCAUCUUAGAAGGAUGUCUUGUUGCCUCAAGUAGGAAGCCAGCCUGGCCUCUGCCUUUUUGCUAGAGAGCAGUACUGGCCAGUGAUGUGGAGGAGGAAGAAGUUUGGGCAGUGGGUAGCCAUUGUGGUUCCCUGACUUGGGCAAGCCAGGAAGGGAGAGGCUCCUGCACUUCCCCCCUCAUGAGGGGGGGGGGCCAUGAUGUGCCUUUGGCCCCACUACCAUUAGGCUUGCCAGCUGGCUGACCAUCCCAUGGGGGGGCCUCUUUCCCUUGGUCCUUCCUGCUGUUAGCAGCUUCCUCCUUCCCACUCUUGGUGGUUCCAGCCUUUUCUUUCCACACCAACUGAAGGGCGAUGCAGAACUCUUGCCCCUGAGGCUUGGUGUGUUUGUACAUUUAUAGGAAUAAACUCCUUCUGUGUCCUG